CUCCGAUCGUGACAUGCGCACUGACGGUUGUUGUUGUUGAGCUGGUUGUUAUGGCUGGACGAGGCCUCGGACUAAACUGAGAGAGGUUCCCCCUCCUCCCUCCCCGUACCACCCCGUGUCUCCGCUGCGGGACACCCGCCACCCAUGGAGGGCACGGACAUGGACGUGGACGCGGAGCUCAUGCAGAAGUUCAGCUGCAUGGGCACCACGGACAAGGACGUCCUCAUCUCGGAGUUUCAGAGGCUGCUGGGCUUCCAGCUCAACCCGGCCGGCUGCGCCUUCUUCCUGGACAUGACCAACUGGAAUCUGCAGGCUGCUAUUGGUGCAUAUUAUGACUUUGAAAGUCCUAACGUCAACACGCCAUCCAUGUCCUUUGUUGAAGACGUGACAAUUGGGGAAGGAGAGUCUGUUCCUCCAGAUACACCGUUCACAAAGACCUGGAGAAUACAAAACACAGGUGCAGAGUCGUGGCCGCCUGGGGUCUGUCUCAAAUAUAUUGGUGGGGAUCAGUUUGGGCACGUAAACACAGUUAUGGUAAAAUCACUAGACCCCCAGGAAAUAUCAGAUGUGAGCGUUCAAAUGCGAAGUCCCACAGCUCCAGGCAUGUACCAGGGCCAGUGGAGGAUGUGUACAGCCACCGGAUUAUUCUACGGAGAUGUAAUCUGGGUGAUCCUUAGUGUAGAAGUUGGAGGUCUCCUCGGCGUGACCCAGCAGCUGUCCUCCUUCGAGACAGAAUUCAAUACCCAACCCCAGCGCAACGUGCAGGGAGACUUCAACCCCUUCGCUUCGCCGCAGAAGAACAAACACGACGCCACCGACAACAGCUUCAGAGAUCCUGGCGGAGCGUGGGAACGCACGCAAGAGCCAAUCCAGCAAGAUCAAAAUGGACAGUCUCAUAAUGCUGUAAAUAGGGCGUCAAAUGGUCUCCAAACCAAUCUUUCUGUGGUGACUUAUGGUCAGGGUAUUCACGGACCCUAUCCAUUUGGACAGAGCUAGAAUGACAAAGACCCUCCCCCCCAUACACACACACACAAUGGUGGAUGAUGAGUUUAACACCCUGGGAGUCCUUAAAUGCAGAGGAGUCGGAGGGGGGGAGGAACAGUUGUUUUAUAUUGACUCAUGACAACCUUCUCCCCAACCCCGUGGCCCUUUCCACAGAAACACAAACUACAGUGAGGUGAUGGAUUACAUCCGCUAAAGUCAACGAUCCCACCUGACGUCAACACCCGGAUACGCAUGUGUGAAUGCUUCAUUUAAGAGUGCUAUAAAAACCUUAAAAAUAGAUACACACGACUAUUUUUAUUUCCACUGUAAAACACGCCUAAUUAAAGGGAAAAUCAACCCUAAACGAUUUACACACUACUUGGUGUUCCCAUUGACAAGUGAAUGCUUUGUCUCUUCGGGGUUCCUACACAGGUCUGGGAAUGUUUGGAAAACUGCUGCGAAUACUGUAGAAUUAAUUGAUUUUUGAUCAUUUUGAGGCCUUGAAAGAAGAGAGUAAAAAUUGUGGGAUGUAUGAAAAACUGUAUGGCUUAUUUUCAGUUUUCCUUUCCUAACAGCCUUACACCAGUUUCCCCACACAAACCUAUGAAUGAUGAGGGAUGUAGAACUAAUAGGACUACAAGUACGACCAGUUGUACCAGACUAUUGGUCAACGGAGUAAAGGUCUUUCCUAAACCCCAUUGCAUUCACGUCAUAGCUGAAAGAGUCCCAUGUUUACAUGAACAACUUGAAAUGGUUGAAUGAUUAUAGAUUCGGUUGUGUGAGUGUCAAAAUGUGGCACUCAGUCCUGUAAAUUUUGAUCUAAUCACUUGGAACGCUGAAUUUUUGGUUUUCAUACUCUCCCGUGUUGUCAGGUGCCAAACUGUAAAUGUGAGAGUGUUCUGAGAAGUUUCCUGUUACAAUUACACCUUAAAAAGUUUAUUUGAAUGCUAUUUACAAAUUGGAAAUUAAAAUAACUCCCUAUUAUCUUUGGAAUUUGGCUUUUACAGAGUCUGGUUUAGCUCUAGGUGCAUCAAUUUGCUAUUUCUCUCAUAACAAAGCUACAUACAGCUUUUGAUGUAUUAAGAAAAGUCUGGUUAAAAAAUAGUUUGAGAACAUAUGUAUUGUCAUGUUACCAGUGUUUUUGUUAUGGGCAAUACCUGGAUUUAUAGCUAAAAGUAUGAGAAGUUACCAACAAUAUUGUUUUUUGUGUUACAUUAUUCAAAAGUUGAUUCAUCCUUAUUUUAUUAUUAUUACUGAGCCUUUUUGAGCUGAGCCUGUUGAACCCACGUUUCUGUGUCGGGUCAGAUUAAACAUGUUGAAGUAAAAAAUACUAUUUUUCUUUGAAUACAUAGGUAUAUAUAGGAUAUAUUGGCUAAAUGUCGGUAUAGGCCAAUACCCACUUUCGGGUAAUUGGCAAAAAAGACAUCCACUGAUGUCAGUGAGCGAUGUCUGUCCGAUGUGUUCCAUCAAUUUCAUGCUGCCUAAAUAUUUUGUUGACUGUUGGUUUCUUGUUUGGAAACAGAAAAAAACGGUCCUUUAAAACAGCUCAGUAAUUUUUUUCUUUUCCUGGCACAAAGGAACAAAAAAACAAAACAAAUAACACCACAAAGACACAUCGGUAUCAGUUAAAUUGUUGUUUUAGACGUCAGUGUUCACAAUCUUUAACAAACAAAAGAAAAAACAAAAGAGAAAACAAUUGUCAUUCCACUUCCAUUAGGUCCAUUAACUCACUGUUGGAAACCUAAAACCAUCUAUUACACACUGAAAAUGAAGUCACACAGAAACAAAUCAUGUUAGAAAGAAGUGUUAGUUUCCAGACAGAUGGCGCAAAAUAUCCCAAACUUCCACUUUUGCAAAGAAAAUCUGGACCAUGCCUGUGUAGGAACCCGGUCUCUUCCAAAGAUACAAUCCAGAGAACCACAACACUAAUCUGUUCUGUCUGCAGGUUUCCUGAUUCAGACUUCAUGGGACGUGUGUGUGUGUGUGUUAGUGUAUUUUUUAGGGUGGGUUUUCGCUUUAAAUAGAUGCUGAAGGGAUGCGAGUGAGUUUGAGCGAAUGAGGUGUGGGGAAGGGUUUAAAAAAGCCAUCUUAAUCUAUUUUGCCUGGUGAGUGAGUGUAGUGUCUGAGUCCAUGUCUACAGUGUGUGUACUAGAUAUAUAUGUAUGUAUGUGUGUGUGCCUGUUAAGUGUGCAUGUACGUUAUGGUUUCUCUUUGGAUUUAACUGACAGAUAAAUGGUGUAUACUACUUGGGGAAAGGAUGACGUGUCUAUUCACGCACACUCAAUCAAUAUGGAAAGAGUUUUCCUGGGUGUGUACCUCUGAAGUAUUGUUCAGAGUUCCUGCACCGUUUUGGAUUAACUGACUCACUAAUUGCCCUGUUAUUUUUAUUUAUUCGCUAUCUUAUUGUACGCUGCAGAUGCAAACAGUCCCAUUUACAGCCAGCAGGUGGUGCUAAAAUUCAGAAAACCCAGGUUACACUUGACAUCAUGCUGAGUACGUUGUGUUUUAAUGGUUUGAAUCAACUCUGUUAGCACUGAUGUUCUGUUACUGAUAUUUGCACAAAGCGUUCCACCACCUCUGAGGAUGAAGAGUGUUUUUUUUCUUUAUUGUAUUGUGGAUUGUAAUACCAGCAUUUUCCAGCAGAAAUCUUUAUUGGUUUGUUUUGCUUGUCUGCUCUCCCUUAAAGGCCUGUGUUCCUCACAGCUUUACUGUUUGUUUUCAGUGUUAACCACAAAGUUUUAACAUUAGUUUUAUGUCUGCACCAAUGUCUGAUCUUAAAAAUAAAUGAUUUGUGUUUAUAUUGAUCACACAAUUAGAUUUUGCACAUCUGCAAUGAGUUACUGCCAUGCAGUCCGUCUGCCAUCUCACCAGAAUUUGUACUUCAGUUUUGCCUUGUUUAUUUUGUCAGACAGAGCUUUUCAUUGUGUAUUUUGGGCUAGAAAAUGAAAUUGGAAAACGGAACUCCAUUAUAGUGUUACAAUUUUUGUCUAAAAGGAUAUUUUAAUUUAUCAGACUUUCUCCUCAUAACAAUGAGCAUCGAAAUGUUAUUCAUGAUAUUGUUGCUUCUAUGAUCAUUUCUCUAUGACCCUGUUUGCAAAAUUCACCAGCAUUCUGUCGCAGCGCUGCUGUUUGUAUUGAGUCAGCUGAGAGUCCUCCUCCCAAACAGUAUACACUGUUCUACGUUGCCUCUUUUAGUCACGUCAGAAGUUUUUUUCUUCUUCUUUUCUUUUUGUGUAUGUGCUUCCUUCUUGUGAGCUUGCUUGUGAAUGAUUUGGUGUGUGUGUGUGUGUGUAUGUGUGUGUGUGUGAGAGAGAGAGAAAGAGAGACAAAUGGUGAGAAAUCUGAAUAUUGCUGGAUUCAUUCUCUAGUUUUAGUUUGUGACUAUGUACGGAUUUGAGAUGGGUGGCAUGGUGAGUGGAUGAAAUGAAAGUUUACAUAGUCCUAAGAUAGCACAUUUAUCUGAAGAGAAACUGUCAAAAUAAAGCUUUUUUCCCCCCUGUAUCUAUAAUUAAGCAUUUGUAUGAUUAAAUUAACACUGAAACAAUGAAAAA